AUGUUUACUAACUCAAUAAAUUCCAAUCAUAAAAUUUCACAAUAUUAUCUUUCAAUUAAUAAUAAUCAUACAUUUCCUAUAUAUUCGUCAUUAACAAGUUUAUCAUCGGUUUCAUCGUCUCUACUUACGCAAUCGAGGAAUAAAUUGAAAGCAACUAAAAAUCGAAAGAUUUGUAAACGAAUAGAUUCAUUUUCUUCUUUAUCUACAACAUCUAUUUCUCCAUCGAUAACUAUCGUUCUUCAUACAAAGAAAACAAAAUCCUUUAUUAAAGAUCGUUCACGAAAUUAUAAGAAAAGUAAUAGUUCAUCAUCAAUUUCAUUACAUCAAAAGAAUAUUACUAAAGAACAAAAAGGAUUAAAUACAGCUCAACAUGUUUUAUCUCCUCGAUAUAACAAUAAAAAUAUCAUAUCACGAAAAGAAUCAUAUCGAAUAUUUGAAGAAGAACAAACUAGAUCAUUCCAUAGUCAUAGUAUAUCGGAUUUAAAUAACAUCAUUCUAACGAAAAUCAAUAAUAACGAAAUUCAAUUAUCAACUGUAAGCACUCAAACAGAUAACCAUUCAUCGAUUCAUAUAGAAUAUCAAUACGAAAAUUUACGACGUGUGAAUAGUAAUUUAUUAGAUUAUAUGUUUAUUCCAACCUCAAAUACCAAUCGUUAUUUAUCUUGA